AUGGCAUCUUUGAAAUCGUUCAUCAAGGCCGUCCGUAAGGCGAAGACUAUUGCAGAUGAACGUGCCGUGGUGCGUAAGGAGUCUGCAGCCAUCAGAACCGCGUUUAGAGAUCCAAACUUGGAUCAAACAGCAAGAAGAAUCAACAUUUCCAAACUCUUAUACUUAUAUAUCAUGGGUGAGAAGACCCAUUUUGGUCAGGUUGAAUGCUUAAAGUUGCUUGCUUCUCCUCGGUUUGCGGAUAAAAGACUUGGGUACUUGGCAACCAUGCUUUUAUUAGAUGAAAAUCAAGAGGUUUUAACCCUCUUGACAAACUCUUUGGAUAAUGAUAUGCAACAUCCAAACGCUUUUAUUGUUGGUCUCGCCUUAUGUUGCUUGGGUAACAUUGCCUCUCCAGAGUUGGCGCGUGACUUGUAUGCUAAUGUUGAAAAAAUCAUGACCACCAAUAACCUUUAUUUAAAGAAAAAAGCUUGUCUUGUUGCUGCCAAAUUGGUUGAAAAAGAUCCAGAAUUGGCUGAAAUUUUCUUACCUAAGGUGGCACAACUCAUUGAUGACCGUCACCACAGUUCCUUGUUGGGUACCGUGAGACUUAUCGAAGCCUUAUAUAUAGAUAUCGAGGCCAGACCAGUUCUUGUGAAAACUAUCCCUAAAUUGGUUGGACAUUUGAAAAGAAUUGCCACUAGUGGAUAUAUGCCAGAUUAUGAUGUCACUGGGAUCUCUGAUCCAUUUCUUCAAGUUUCCCUUUUGAAAACAUUGAGAAUCUUGGCCACUGAUCCACAUUGUCCAGAUUCUUAUUUGGAAGAAUUAAAUGAUAUUUUAACUCAAGUUGCAUCAAACAUUGAUAGUGGGAAGAAUGCUGCACAUGCCAUUUUAUAUGAAUGUGUCAAGACUAUUUUCGCUAUUCAAUCUGAUCAAUCACUUAAAAUCUUGGGUGUUAAUUUACUUGGUAAGUUUUUGUCUACCAAGGAUAAUAACAUUAGAUAUGUUGCCUUGGAUACACUUCUCACUGUUAUUAAUAUUGAACCAUUGGCUGUGCAAAGACAUCGUUCCACAAUUGUCGGAUGUUUGGUUGAUGGGGAUAUCUCCAUUAGAAGAAGAGCUUUGGAAUUGACCUUUGCCAUUUUGAAUGAACAAAAUAUAAGAGUUUUGGUGAGAGAAGUUUUACUCUUCUUGGAAAAUUGCAAUGAUAAUGAAUUAAAACCAUAUAUUACAUCACAAUUAACUAUUGCUGCUAGUAAGUUUGCCCCUAACAAUAAGUGGCAUUUUGAUACUUUACUUCGUAUGCUUAAGUUAUCUGGGAAUUAUGUUACUCUGGACAUUAUUUCAAACAUCUUGGCCUUAAUUAUGCAAUGUAAUGAUUAUGAAUUGAAAAGGCAUAUAGUUGGUAAGCUCUUCUCUAUGAGUUUGGAAGACCCUACUCAAUUUGGCCUUGCGGUCAUUACUGUUUGGUGUAUUGGGGAAUAUGGGGAAUUUUUAUUAGACGGUAAAAUUGAAGUUAAUGAAAAACCUAUUGAUGUUACUGAUAAACUUAUUUUAAAGUUUAUUGAUGAUUUAAUUAAUAAUUCCACGUAUUCUGAACUGGAAACUACUCAAUUGGUUACACAUAUUUUGACAACUGUAUUGAAACUUUCAGUCAAGUUCACCAAUCUGGAUUCCAUCGAACAAUUAAGAUUAAUUUUGAAUUCCAAAUCUUAUGAUAAUAACCUUGAAAUCCAAAUUAGAGCAAUUGAAUACCAAGAAAUAUUUGCUCAAAAUGGACAAGUGAAAAAGGGAUUAUUGGCCAAGAUGCCUGCACCACCAGUGAAGGAAAGAGAAUCUCUUUCAUUACAUCCUUCGAAGUCAAGUAGCAACAAUAAUAACAAGACAGGAUCUAUUCGAUCUGAAUCCGCCACCACCACGGAGAACUUGUUGUUGGACUUGAUGGAUGAUGGACCAGUUAACGGUGGUCAAACUAAGAAUUCUUUAUCAGACAUUCUUAACGACGGACAAACUUCUACAAGUAGUAGAAAUGCAAACAUCUUGGAUUUGUUUGAUUCACCUCCGGUACAAUCAUCGACAUACACCAGUGCUACGCAACAAUCACCACCUGAAUCAUCGAUUCAUGCUUUCAGUAAUGAAAAUAUUGUUGUUUCAUUUGUAUCGAAAUCAUUCCCUAAAACAGGACAAGCGAUCAUUGAAGCAUAUAUUAAGCAGGCUGGUGCAGGUAAUGUGGUGUCUCAAUUCCAAUUAUUGAUAGCUGUACCUAAGUCACAAAAACUUUCUAUUUCAUCUACUUCUGGAGGUGAUACCUUGAAAUCACCCAAUGAUGUAAUCAAACAGGUAUUGAAGAUUGUUGGAAAAGAAGGAGCAAAGGUUAAAUUAAGAGUCAAGGCAAAAUACUUGGUGAAUGGCGAUGAGCAGGAAAAUACAUUUGACUUUGCUGGGUUUGAGUCUACUUUAUAA